AUAUAUAUUUUUUUUUUUUUUAGAUCCUUUGAUGUGCCCUCAUUAACAGAAGAGUCAUUGGCGACAUUAAAUGAUGGGAUGUGGCUGAAUGACAUUGUUAUGGACAUUCAGUUGAGAUCUGUUCAUGAUGAAUUACGACCACAUAGCAGGCGAAAAUCUUUGAUCUACCCAGUGCACUUUUACAGUAAGCUGAAAAACAGUGGGUACACAGAUGUCAUCAGAUGGACAAAGCAUGAGGACAUUUUUCGUAAGGACUAUCUUUUGAUAGUUGAAAAUGCCUUUGGAAAUCACUGGAGACUCAUGAUUGUGUGCUUCCCUGGAAAUGAAGAAGGGGAAUAUAUCAAAACUGGGCGAAAAAUGGUAGAAAAGAGGCCUUGCAUUUUAAUGCUAGACUCCAAGCCUGCGCAAGUGAGUGAUAGCAUGGAGGUUUUCCAAAAUAUACGAAGUUACUUAACAGGAAUGUGGAAAAACACACAAAAAAAGCCCCGGACAUUUUCGGCGGCUUCUAUGCCAGCCCUGAAAGUACGGGUACCUAAACAGCAGGGAAACUGCUCUGAAUGUGGCAUAUUUGUAUUACUCUGUGCAGAGCACUUUCUGAAUGAUCCUCCCAAAGAACUAAUCAAUGAGCUUGACUGUACAACCUGGUUUACGCUGGCAGAUGCAUUUUCAAGGCGUGCACAAAUCAGGGACAAAAUGCGAAGAUGUUUAGAAGCACGUGAAAGAGACACAGAGGAAAUCAUAGCAGAAGAAAGAGAAGGUGAAAAACAGCAAAACAUUUUUGAGAGAGGAAGAGAAGCAGAGGAAGAUGAAGCAGGAGAAAGUGAAAAACAGCAAAACAUUUUUGAGAGAGGGAGAGAAGCAGAGAAAAACAAAGCAGAAGAAAGUGAAAAACAGGAAAACAUUUUUGAGAGAGUGAGAGAAGCACAGGAAAACGAAGCAGAAGAAAGUGAAGAGGAAUGGCAAGUGGAAAAUAUAACCAAGGAAAGUGAAAUAGAAUGUAGAGAGAAAGAAAAUAAACAUACAACAAGAGAAGAGAACAAAACAGCUCAGGGAAGAAGCUACACCGUCCUGGGAAGGCUAUCAGUCCCAGGCACGAAAAGGAAAUACACAGUCACUCAGGAUGAAAUAAAACGAAGAAUCAUUACAGAAAACAUGUCAAACAACAUGUUAAGAAGCCUGAUUAGGGUUCGUAAAGAGGAUCUCCCAGAGGAGCUUAGACUACAAAGACCAAAAAAGCUAAGACAAAAAUGAGCAUCUUCUCUGCCCUCAGUGAAGGGGAGGCCACAGAUUUAGCCCAGGAGCUGGGAGCAACGCUUGGGCGACAUGUCAACCUAGACAUGGGUACAAUUGUUCCAAGUGCAGAGGCAGAGGUUGCAAAGAAUGCACUCUGCACCCUCCAGUCCUUGCUGAGGGAAAGACUGGGAGAUGAAUCCCCUUUUAGUCUCAUCACACAUACAUUUGGACCACAAAUUCUUGAUGUUGUCAUCUCAUUUUUAAUCAGUCAGUUUAAGUAGCUC